AUGGCUACCUACAGAAUCAGUAAUCCAAAUCAAUAUUUGGUGCGCACUGGCGCAUUCAUUGAUGAUUUGAAAUUGAGCAAGAAAGGAUGGGUAUUACUCGGUCAACGGCAUUCAUUCUUCGAUAUUACCCCCAUAAACUAUACAUUGGACCUUCAGGCAAUGAGUGCUGAAAAACUGGAAUUCAAUUUGCCUGCCGUAUUUACCAUUGGCCCAAAAGAUGACCCAGACUGUCUAUUGAGAUAUGCUAGAUUAUUGGCUACAAAAGAAAAAAAAUCUGACCAUGUUCGAGAUAUCGUUCGUGGUAUUAUCGAGGGUGAAACUCGAGUGAUAGCGGCUGGUAUGACUAUGGAAGAAAUUUUCCAGGAACGCAAAGGUUUUAAAGAUCAAG